GUGGGAUAGUUAUCUGGGCUAGCCAAUCAUAUCAAUCCUAAAGUGGAUGACCCAUUUCUCCAUCCAUUCACCUUAGCAACCUGAUAAACACCUAUUCCUCCUCUAAUUCCAACCACACAAAUCGAACCUCAUCUUAUUAAAAGCCAACCUCUCAUUGUUUUUCCAUUUGAGUUACUCUCAUUGCAACUCUGGAUAUAUUCAGCAAGCCUUGCACAAUGGCCACUAUCACCUCUGCCGCUGUCGCUAUCCCAUCUUUCACCGGCCUUAAAGCCGGUGCAACCGCAGCUAAAGUUAGCGCCACAGCCAAGGUUGCAGCCUCUCCAGUCCCAAGGGGCAGCAUCAAGGCCUCCCUCAAAGACGUUGGUGUUGCUGUUGCGGCAACUGCUGCAAGCGUAAUCCUUGCCAGCAAUGCCAUGGCCAUUGAAGUCUUGCUCGGCAGUGACGAUGGGGGUCUGGCUUUCAUUCCCAAAGAAUUCAGCGUAAGCCCAGGGGAGAAGAUUGUGUUCAAGAACAAUGCCGGAUUCCCACACAAUGUUGUGUUCGAUGAGGACGAAAUCCCAAGCGGCGUCGACGUAUCCAAAAUCUCCAUGCCUGAAGAAGAGCUACUCAAUGCCAAAGACGAGACUUACGCUGUUACCUUGACUGAGAAAGGAACCUACAGUUUCUACUGUUCUCCUCACCAGGGUGCAGGUAUGGUUGGAAAAGUCACAGUUAACUGAGUUAUACAUUUAUCUUUUCAACCCCUUUGUGCUUUGUAUGUAUCAUCUCACACAUCUCUUCUACUUUUUGAGCACCAGAGUUUUGAGUAUUGGGGAUGGAUGAGGUGAUCUUGAAAAAUCAACUAUGAUGCUUUUGUAUCUUCCUAUCUUGUACUUUAAAUUUGUCUCAUAUUUGCUUGUAACCGGAUUUUAGUUUUACCCUUCAACAUCUUAGCUCUGGUUACCCAA